AGUUGUUUUAAUGGUUCAUUGAAUAAAUAAUCACCUUGUAUUUGGCAAUACAUCUACUCUUGUCUUUGACUCUACUAAUGUACAGACUUUUUGAGAUAGACGAGUGUUGAGUUUUAGGUCAUUAUCCUGAGUAAUAUAUUUCUAAUUGACAAUACAUGAUAGUCUGUCGGGCAGUACCUAGGUAUUAAGUUCCCUCUAAUACAACCCUGGGACUUAAAGGGUUAAUAAAAUAUUUCAAGUUGUUGGGUUUCGAAUGACAGCUAUGAGCGUGAAUCGUAAAAAUAGAGAAAUACGAUCGUUAUUUUUUCUUCAAUUACCAGGGCAGAAAUAUAUUGAUUUAGGCCCUUCAUAAGAGAAUGUAAUAUGAUUUAAAUGACAAUAAAUAACAAAACAAUUGUUAACUUCGCUUCAUAUUAAAAAUAAUUAAAUUGGCGACAUCUUGGUGUUGAAGGACGAGACUAUCACCAUGACAACAUUUGUUUGCAUGUGUCUACAGCUGAUGUUAACUUUUAUAUUAGUUUCUGAAAUCAAUAAUGUGGUAGCUCCCAGUGCUAUCCUUGAGUGCCGCAGCCAGCAUUUGAGAGCUGCAUUAAAAUAACUGGGUUUGAAUAUAAUACAUCUUAUUUUAUGUUGAAUAUUGGGGACUUAACCACAGAGUUUUGAGCACGUCUCUACUGCCCUAGAUGAUAUUAAUGAACUUUAAGUCAGUUCAGAGUGAGUAAAUCCAGUGAGUACAACCCAGAAAAUAUGGCAAAUAGACCUGAUCCAUCGAGACUUAUCGUAGCAUCUAGUCGAGCUCCACAUUUAUCUGUAGUUCUGGAGACAGUUCAUAAUAAUGUGAAAGUUGUGCAGUACAAAUAUGAAACUUGUACACUGGAUGACAUUCUUGUUGAAAUCAGCAAGACACUUGGUAGAUCCCGUGUAGAGACCGUCGCAUUAUUGAUGCAUUGUUCGGAGACUGAAAUCUUUAUUUGCUUCACAGGGGGAAAGGUGCUGAGCCUGGAGAGCGUCAAGGCAGACGUUAGCAUUCGAGAGUUUCUUAACCACCUGGUGGGAGGCAACAUGAAUUUGUCAUCUCCAAACUGUCGCCUGGAUUUUUUGAAUGCUUCGCCAUCUGUCAAUGUGAACGGUGGUCUUAUGACACAUCAGCUGGAAAUGUUACUAAAUCUUCCUGUAGGAAUGUCUAAGGACCUGUUUGGAGUUAAUGUGGAGUUGACCAGGAUGAGAUCUGAUCCAGAAUCUGAUGUUACAGUCGGUGAACUUUAUUUUAAUGUUAAGAAACUGCGAGAAAAGCUUCAGGUUGAAAAUAGUGAUGCAGGUGAACGAAGGUUGGAAGGAUACGAGAAGAUUCGUACAGUUGGGAAAGGUGCAUUUGGUACUGCAGUUCUGUAUCAUAAAGUUGCUGAUGGGACACUGAUCGUUAUCAAAGAGGUGAACAUGAUUGACCUCACAGCAUCCGAGCGACAAAUGGCACUUAACGAAGUUCAAGUAUUAUCAAGUUUGGACCACCCAAAUAUCAUCAGUUAUUUUGGCAGCUUCGAGCGUGAUGGAGUACUUAUGAUAAAGAUGGAGUAUGCGGAUGGUGGUACAUUGGCGCAGAUGCUGUCACGAAGGGCAAGGAGACUUGAUGAACGUGAGAUAAUCAUGUUAUUUCGACAGAUUGUUGCUGCCAUACGAUACAUGCAUGAUCAUAACAUUUUACAUAGAGACCUGAAGACAGCAAAUGUGUUUCUGAACAAGGACAACACCAUCAAAGUAGGGGAUUUUGGAAUCUCCAAGAUCAUGACGACGCGAGCUCAAGCCCAAACAGUGCUAGGAACGCCGUACUACAUCAGUCCAGAAAUGUGUGAGGGUAAGCAGUAUGACCAGAAGUCAGAUAUCUGGGCCCUGGGCUGCAUCCUGUAUGAAAUGGCGUGUCUGCAGAAAACCUUUGAAGGCUCUAACCUGCCAGCACUGGUGAACAAGAUAAUGAAGGGUCACUUCCAGCCCGUACCCGGUGGCUACUCUCCUGGCUUCCGUCAGCUGAUCCACGAUCUGCUACAGAGAGACCCGGCAUUCAGACCCACGGCAGCAGAGAUACUCGACUCUCGUUUACUCCUGCUGCUGGACUCGCUGAAGGAAGGAGGAGGAAGAGAUUGGUUUCUGGACCAUGAUGGUUCUGUACCAAAUUUAAAAGCUUCCUGUAACAGGAAUUCCAAACCAGAAAGGUCUGUGUUGUAUGACCUGAAGUCGUAUGAGUCGGCAAUUGCACUGACACCAAUCCAACUGCCACCACGCAGUAAAGUGACAGAGGUUGCUGUCAGCAGUACACACAUCAUCGUUCUAACCUCAGAGAUGCUGGUGUACAGCUGGGGUGAAGGGAAGAGAGGUCAGUUGGGGCAUGGCGAUACAGAACCAUGGCGACAACAUCCUGGAAGCGUGGAGGCCCUAAAGGGGAAGAGCAUCAACAGGAUUGGAGCUGGGGAUGGCUACAGUGUAUUUGUCAGCGACUCAGGAAUGGUGAUGACGUGCGGUGAUGGCACAUUCGGCUGCCUUGGACAUGGUGACUGGAACAACUCUACCCGACCUCGUCUCAUUGAGAAGCUGUUGAGUGUGGAUGUGGUGGUUGUCGGCUGCGGUCCACAUCAUGUCGCAGUGCUGAGUCGAGACGGAGAAAUGUACGCGUGGGGCAGAGGUGACGGGGGACGUCUUGGCCUGGGCCAUGAGGAGGACUGCUGCUCUCCCGUGAAGGUGACACUGCCUAAUGAUUGUGUGCUGCGUACUCUGCGUUGCGGAGGGGACGGCACUGCAGUCCUUACAACAGAUGGGGUGAUGAUGACCUGUGGUCGUAACUCAUUCAAUAAACUAGGAUUAUCAGACAGUAAUCCAGGAUUCUUCUCUUUUAAUUUUAAAGGUGAAGUUGAGAAAGCGCUGACACUCAACCGAGUGAAGGGGAUCAGUUACAAAGUUGCUGACAUUUCAUUGGGCUCUACCCACACAGCUGUCCUGACUGAGAGUGGCCAUGUUAUUACGUUUGGGCGCAAUGCAGAGGGCCAACUGGGAAGAGGACACCGGAGAUCAGCAUCAUCAGGGCCAAUGAUGGUGAAGUCAAUGGCAGAUAAAUGUGUCACUAUGGUUCAGUGUGGCCCAACAUACACUGUAGUGGGGUCUAUUGAGAAUACUGUCUACUUCUGGGGCACUCGAUACAGUUCAUUCAAUUACCAGGAUUUGAUGGGAAACCCAAAGAUGAACCUGGAGAUGUCAGGUGGCUGGUCUCAUUCCAAGUCUACAAAUAAAUUCCAUGAUCAUUUGUUAUAUGGCUCACAGACUGGAUCACAAUACACCAGCAUCCUCAUUGAGUCGGCUCUACACUCUAAUCAUUUGACUGAAAUUCUUCUAGAGCCACAGGAGAUUUUAGCAUUGUAUGCAUCAGCCACUCAGAUUGAAAAAGGUGAAACAGUGUGCUUGGCCGGGCUGUACCCCAUGAGGUACAGUUUGCUCGUACUUGUGGACACCACAGUUCCGUUGGCACACCUGCAACCGCAGCCCACGUCGGUCCACCAUAGUAACAGAACAAGAGAUGGGAAUCGUGGAAGCUCUGGCAGUGAGGAAGACAGUGCGGAGGAGGAGUCUGCACAAGGAACUGAUUUUGAUAGCCUUGGACCGGUUCCAGAAUGGAUCAAAGCUGAAUUAGCCCAGUCUGAAGCGAUGUGGACAGGAUUUUCAGAAGCACAUUCCAGUGCAAGGUGAGUGGCGUGUUUGUGUAGGAUUUUGGGGGCAGAGAAACCACGCAGUUAUCAAAGCUUGAGAACAGUGAAUCUCAAAGGCACAGGCAACAUUUUCUCUGUAUCAACGUGCUUAUAUAAGUUGUCUUCAGUAUGUCAAUUUCAACGAUAUAUCCAGUGCAUGUGUUCUAUGUAUGUAUAUCUCACGGUAAAAUUCUGGUACACGAUUAUCUGAAUCAAACAUCAUACACAGAAAGAUAUCUUAACCCUAUAAAGCCUGGUGUUAAGUAUACGUACCACCUGCUUAACAUUCAACAACUCUGUAUUUUUCCC